AUGCGAACCUCGCGGAGAGCAUGCUCCUCGUUCGUGCUCGCGGGUCAUCCCGUGCUGCGUCGCGUCGCCACGCCGGUCCGCGGCGUCGCAGCGAGGGCCGACCUUCCACGCCUCGACGCCGCGCUUCGCAGCGCGCUCGGUGAGCACUACGGCGUGGCGGCGCCACAGCUCGGCACAUCGGCGCGCGUGUUCCUGCUCCGUGCCCACGCCGACGACGGGCCCUGGAUCGCGAUCAACCCGUCCAUACAGCGCCGCUCGCGGGAGAUGGUCGCUGGGUGGGAGACAUGCCUCUCGGUGCCCGGCUAUGCGGCUAGCGUCGAGCGGCCCGCCGCGGUCGACGUGCGGUACGAACGGCUCGACGGCACCGCAGUCGAGCGGCGGCUGCGCGGCUUCGAGGCGCGAGUCUUCCAGCACGAGCUCGACCACCUCGACGGCAUCCUGUUUACGGACAAGGCCGACCCGCGCAGCCUGGUGCACGAGAGCUACCUGCUUGGCGAUGGGCCCGACUCGGAGGCCGUGUGUGCGAGCCUGCGGCAGCUCGCGCCGGAGUACGAGGAGGAGGAGUACGAGGAGAGUGCCGGAGAGGGGCCUAGAGGACCUUGAGAUGAACCUGUUCUUUAGUUGGCCCUGAACACAGGGGAGAGUUUUUGCACAUUCUUUUGUGGCUGCCUGUGUAGUGCUAGC